UGGCGUAUUUCCACACCCUCCAGAAGUUUCCCCUCCACCGGGAGUCUUUCUUCUUCUUCUUCAUUUCACUCCUGCAACUCUCUCUGCAACUCAUUCUUCAGUUGCUGCCGAUGGCUCUUAAAGCUACAAUUUCUCGAUUCUUAUCCCUCCCUAAAUGCAAUGCUUCUUCUAUUCCUCCUCUCCCUUGCCUCCGCAUUCCCUUCUCCGCCGCGAAACCCUCCCUGCUCAGAACAUUCUGCGACCCCUCAGACCCGCCGCCGCCGCCGCCAAAGCAGCGUAACCCUAAAUUAGUGAAUUUCUCCCUCCCCUCAGACUCUGAUUCCGAUUCCGAGUCCCAGCCUCAAACCGCGAAGGAAGUCGACAAAUCGAAGCUCCCCCCGCCGUACAAUCCGUUCGACAAGCGGCCGGCGGCGGCGGAGGACUCGCCGGAGGACCCGAAGAAUCUGCAGGAGGUGUUCGCGAAGAUCCGCGAGGACGGGCUGAUGAGCAGCGCAGCCAAGAUGUUCGACGGAUUGUCUCAGGACGGUCUGACCCACGAGGCCCUGGAGCUCUUCUCCCAGAUCAAGGACCGAGGUCAGAUGCCGGACGUGGUGGCGCACACGGCGGUGAUGGAGGCGUACGCGAACGCCGGGCAGGCGAAGGAGGCCCACAAGGUGCACCUGCGGAUGCUGGCCAGCGGGGUGCUCCCCAACGCCUACACUUACAGGGUGAUCAUAAGGUGUCUGGCGGAGAGCGGCGACGCCGGAAUGGCUAAUCAGGCGGCGAAGUACGUCGGAGAGAUGGUGGGGCGGGGAAUCCGGCCGAAUGCGGCGGCGCUGGUGGCGGCGUUGGAGGGGCUGGUGGAGGCGGGCAUGGAGGAAGAGGGGAGGGGAAUGGUGAAGAUGGUGAGGGAGAAGGGAGCGGCGCCGGAGGAGAGUAAGGCGAAGGAGGCGUUGAAGGGGAAGAGAGGGGCUGUGUACAGGACAGUGAUGGCUGUUUUGUAUGGGAAGUAGAUUCGAUUCGAAUUAUGGAUCUCCAUGGCUUUGCUGUUUCUUGCUUUCUUUCUUUCAGGUUUGCUUUCUUCUUCAUCUUGAGAAAUUGGAUAGAAAUGGCUAUUGCCUAGGCAAUGAAUCAAUCAAGAGAAAGAAAGAGUGAAUAGAUCGAUAGUUUGAAAUAAAUUAAUUGUUGAAGAAUCAUCAAUACAGUUCUUUAGCUCUGCGUUGUUGGUGAUUUUAUGUUAUUUGGUCUCUUUA